AUGGCGAGACAGAACAGCACGGAAAACAACAAAACACCUUUAGACAAGCCUAUGUCUAUAGAUUCCGCGAACCAAGAUGGAUUGGGUAGCGAGAAGAAAAGUGUCAGGACAAAACAACUCUCGCUUCUAACCGGAGCUUUCGCUGAAGCAAAUUGGGUCCACGAAUCGGAAUUUGAAAAGAACAUUAGAAGACGUAGACAGAUGCGAGAAGCAUUGCGAACGGCGAGAACACAUAUGGUUCUAUGGGCUUCAAACGUUACAUACUCGACGAGAGCGUUUGUUCCUGAUUAUAUUUCGCAACUCUUGCGAGGACUCGUUGUUGGCAUGUUUCGUGGAAAUAAUGUAGUGAUUAGAGGAGCAAAUUAUCUACAAACUUCUGUCGAGGAAUCAACACUCGCCAUAACUAGUCAGAACUUCGCUUCAAAUAAACAUAAGGAAACAUCAAAUUGGGAUUCAUUGUUGACGACUAGUUCCGUAGGACAUCUAAGUGCAACAAUAGAAUCUGCACCCAGCAAGAAAUCUAAAGAUUGUGAAGAACAGACUGAACUGGAAAAGUUACGAGCGGAAAAUGCCGCGUUAAGAAAAACGAAUGAAAAACUCCGAGAAAAAUUAUGGACGGCGAAGGAUGCAUUGGCGAAAUUUUCCGAACUGAGAAUCCCAGCUAAAGGCGAUGAUAAAAGAAUCAAAAAUGUUACCAAGAAAUUCCGGUUUGAUAAAUCAAACAGGCACAUUCCUGACUCAGGAAGUUUUGAGAACAAGGCAAACAAGUAAGUUACUCUGUAAAGAAAGCAUGCGACUCCGCAGUGUCCACCAGGGAUUCCUAUUUGAGAUUUGAAGCAAUGAUUAGUAUUAAAUUAUAUUGUUCGUUUGCGAAGAAAAUGUAAAACUACUCCCAAACUAUAAUAAAUGAAACACAAAUUUUAAAAUAAAUUUUUCUAAUUCCAGGUUUUUCAAUCAACGUCGGAAAAGCACUUCUGUUCGAUCUUGUAAUAACAAUGUAAGAGAGGGAGGCAUUGGCGAGAAGAGCAAAAGAAAAUAUCCAGCUCCUGUGUCUGACUAUCGAGGAGUAUUUCAAACCAAAUUAUUCCAUGCCAUUCUUGAG